CCGAGCCUCCCGGAGGCGCACCCCGAGACUCGCGAGGUCCGUGGGUCAGGGCGGUGCUGGGUGCCGGCGGGUCGGGGCCGAGCCGCGGCGGGGCCGGGAUGGAGGCGGCGGUGGCGACCAGCAGGGACGCGCGGGGGCGUGCGGCGAGUCACCCACGCGGCCGCGGAGAGAAGAGCCCGCCGGACAGCAAAGUUUACAUGGACUAUAAUGCAACCACCCCCCUUGAGCCAGAAGUCAUCCAGGCCAUGACCGAGGCCAUGAGGGAAGCCUGGGGAAAUCCCAGCAGUCCUUACCCAGCAGGUCGGAAGGCCAAGGACAUUAUUGACACAGCUCGGGAGAACGUCGCGAAGAUGAUAUGUGGGAAACCUCAGGACAUUAUCUUCACUUCUGGGGGCACCGAGUCAAACAACUUAGUAAUUCAUUCCGUGGUGAAACAUUUCCACCAAACCCGCCCCUCCAAGGGGAGCCUGGCCGAGCUGUGCAGCCCACUGGAUAGGGCCACGCCCCACCUUAUCACCUGCACCGUGGAACACGACUCCAUCCGUCUGCCCCUGGAGCACCUGGUGGAAGAACGGGUGGCCGCAGUCACCUUUGUGCCAGUAUCCAAGGUGAAUGGGCAGGUGGAGGUUGAGGACAUCCUGGCAGCUGUCUGCCCGGCCACGUGCCUCGUGACUAUCAUGCUGGCCAAUAACGAGACUGGUGUCAUUAUGCCCAUCUCUGAAAUCAGCCAGCAAAUUAAAGCCCUGAACCAGAAGCGGGUAGCUUCCGGGCUGCCGGUCGUUCUGCUACACACAGAUGCAGCCCAGGCGCUGGGGAAACGGCACGUGGAUGUGGAGGACCUGGGUGUGGACUUCCUGACCAUCGUUGGGCACAAGUUCUAUGGUCCCAGGAUUGGAGCACUUUACGUCCGAGGGCUUGGUGAACUUACCCCUCUGUACCCUAUGCUGUUUGGAGGUGGACAAGAACGGAAUUUCAGGCCAGGGACCGAGAACACGCCGAUGAUCGCCGGCCUUGGGAAGGCUGCUGAGCUGGUGACCAGGAAUUGCGAGGCUUACGAGGCCCACAUGAGAGACGUUCGUGACUACCUGGAGGAGCGGCUGGAGGCUGAAUUUGGUAAGCAGAGAGUCCAUCUGAACAGCCAGUUUCCAGGGACCGAGCGACUCCCCAACACAUGCAACUUUUCUAUCCGGGGGCCCCAGCUCCAAGGCCGCGUGCUGCUGGCGCGGUGCAGGACGCUGCUGGCUAGCGUGGGGGCUGCGUGCCACUCGGACCACACGGCUCGGCCGUCCCCGGUGCUGCUGAGCUGUGGCAUUCCCUUCGACGUGGCCAGGAACGCGCUCCGGCUCAGCGUGGGCCGCAGCACCACCAGGGCCGAGGUGGACCUCAUCGUGCAGGACCUGAAGCAGGCCGUGGCCCAGCUGGAGGGUCAGGCCUAAUGCCCAGGGUGCCCCAUAGGAAGCCAUGCCGAGAGCCGUGCCAGAAUGGCUCUCCUGAUUUGUCCCAGUCUUAGUCUUGUCCCAGAGUGUCUGACGCGGAGAUGGGUCAGUGGGUGUGUGUGUGCACACGUGCUCCGGGCCCCCUUCCUGUCCUCGGGUCAGUGGAGGGCCGGUCUGUCGGGCAGGCAGGCCCCACAGGUGCUUCUAGGCCCAGGACACAAACCUGUGUGGGACUGUCCCCACCACCCCGUGGCGCAGGUUGAAGUGGAAACAUUUCAGCUGUGUCAGUGCUCCCCUCUGGGAAUUGGGGUGAGCCUGUUGUGAGUGCCACCUUCCUGGAAGGUGGCGUUUUUACCCAGAAGAUAACAUCCUAGUAUUUACAAAUCGUUGUCAGUUGCUACCAUGAACAUAGGAAACCUGAUUUUUGCUGCAGUCAUGGCCUCCCCUGCCUGUUGGCACCGAGGUCCGUCCGCCCGUGUUCUCCGAUCUUGCUCUUGGCCCUUCCCAAGCCCUUCCGAGGUCAGGCCCCGCUCCCUGCCCUGUGUCCCCCCACUUCCCCGCCCCGCCUGACCUCCGCACUCAGCCUGCCGGCCACCCAGAGCCACCAGGCCCCACCGGCCUUUUCCCUGUGGUCAUUUACUCAGGGUUCCAGCGCAGAUGUGGGAGUCGGGGGGGGCGGCCGGGCUUAUGUGACCCCGGCUCGUUCCUGCGGUGGGAAAUGAGUUUGUCCCUAGCUCCGCUGGCAUGAUGAUGUUAUUCCCAGAUGGAUUUUGCUAUCCUUACCCUGCUCUGUGACGUCCUGAUACACCCUGGACGGUGUGACUUACAGAGCUACUUCACGUAGCAGUGAUUUCUUAAUACACUUUUAACAUGUGGUUUUAAGGUGCAAAGAACUACAUGAUGACAUUGAAGAGACUGUUGUCAGAAAUUAAGUGAAUAAAAUAUUCCAAU